AUGCAUAUUACAGAAUUGGUGGUAGCAGGUGAGCGUGAAACUGGUAGAGGACUUAACCAAAUUGGUACCUUGCAUCGACCUGGAGCUACUCGUCGGGGUUCUCAUUUUACUUCUGUCUGUGACUUGAUUGAUAAGUAUGAUGCGACAUGUACAGUUCUUGAAUUUAUUAUGGAUGAUAAGUCCACAGGGUCUUUACGUGCGGAAGCUAGUGGUGCUUACAAUGCAAUUAGAUCAUUUCAAUUCAUAUUCAUCUUGCAUUUUUUGAAAGAAAUUAUGGGACUUACUGAUGUCUUAUGUCGAGAACUGCAACAUAAAUCUCAAGAUAUCUUGAAUGCUAUGAAUCUAGUGGAAGUUACAAUGAACUCUCUUCAGAAAUUGAGAGAACAUGGUUGGGAAAAUUUUCUUGAAAAAGUGGAAUCUUUUUGCAAGCAACAUGAUAUUGAUGUACCUGCAAUGGAUGGUCAACACAGUGUGAGUACACGUCGUCGUUCUUGUCAGCAAAGAAGCAUAACAAUUGAGCAUCAUUAUCGUGUUGACAUAUUUUAUGCUGCAAUAGAUUUUGAGUUGGUGGAGUUAAAUGGUAGGUUCAGUGAAAGAGCAAAGGAUCUCCUUAUUCUUAGCUCAUCUUUGGACCAUAUAGAUGGUUUUAAGGCAUUUAACAUUGAUAAUAUUUGCACACUUGCAAAAAAAAUUUAUCCUCAAGAUUUGACAAGACAAGAGUUGCAUAUUUUGAGAAGGGAGCUGAUCAUUUAUGAGUCUGAUGUACCUCAUCAUGAUGUGCUAAAGAAUGUGACUACUCUUUCAGAGUUAUGCAGGGGAUUUUUUUAA